CACUUUUUAAGAAACUGGCGCUAAUCGUCAUUUUGAAAGAAACAAUAUGGGAGACAGGUUACCUCUGGAAAGCAGAGAUAUGAAUGUUCUCUCCGAGUCAGACAGUGACAGCUCUGAUGCUGAUUCUCCCCCAAAGAUACGCAAAACCCGAUCCACAAGGUCUGUCCGCAGCAUACUAGCCUCUAACCCAACAACUGUCCCGCCAGUGCUACCCAAGAAACAAGUGUCUGUGUACUCGACUCGAGUCACGAAGUGUUUGGAGGACUUGAAGUCAGGCAGGCUUCAACUCUGCAUAGAUAAGGAUGAAGAGGAAACGCCAAUAGUUGAGAAACCAAAGCAGGAUGUGAAGACUGACAGGAGAGUGCCCUCAAUAACACUGGAUGACAGCAAGGAUGACCUGGAUUGCACCAAUCUCACAACACCGGAGUCGUCCUUUGUGCGUUCCCGCUCGCCAACCCCCCCUCCCACCCCUGACUCUAUAGUGACACAGAAGCCCACCAGGACACGAAGGAUGAACAGACACAUGAAGAAGGCUCUCCGGACACUGGAAGGAAUGAAGGACACGAUACGAGUGGAACACUCAUCAUCCGAGGACGAUGACCUUGUCCUUGUGGGACACCUCAGCAGCCCCGCCCCCGAGACCACCAGCAUGACAGCCAAGAUCCGCUACAAGUCCAAGAUCUUCAAGUACAGCAUGAUGAAGGCCGACACGUUUCAAAGCAUCAAGACGAGGCUGGCUGGGGACAUUGAGGAGGAGGAGGAUCAUCUGUUCUUCAUGGUGGCGGACAGGAACAUCCUGCCCACAGACACUCCCAUCAGCAUCAGCCUGCACAUCGCGGAUAUCAUCGACUGCCACCUGUACAGCCCGGGCAUGUUGGACAUGGGGGAGGACAUUCCGGCCAGGGAUGCCGUCUCCCUGUACGUCCAGUGCAGCAACAGGAAGAACAAGAUCCUCAUCAAGGUCAACAAGCACCAGGCCCUCCGCAAGCUGAUGAGUAGUUACGCCACCAAAGUGAAAACAGAACUGUCCUACUUGAAGUUCAUGUUUGAUGGAGAAGACAUUUUACCCUCCAUGACUCCAGAGGAGCUGGAAAUGGAAGACAUGGACACGAUUGAUGCCAUUGAAGUCUGAGUGUUGUUGGUGGGGGUCGUGCUUGUCCGUGCCAUUGAAGUGUGAGAGUUGUUGGUAGGGGUCGUGCUUGUACGUGCCAUCGAAGUGUGAGAGUUGUUGUUGGGGGUCGUGCCUGUACGUGCCAUUGAAGUCGGAGAGUUGUUGGUGGGGGUCGUGCCUGUACGUGCCAUUGAAGUCGGAGAGUUGUUGGUGGGGGUCGUGCCUGUACGUGCCAUCGAAGUGUGAGAGUUGUUGGUGGGGGUCGUGCUUGUACAUGCCAUCGAAGUGUGAGAGUUGUUGGUGGGGGUCGUGCUUGUACGUGCCAUCGAAGUGUGAGAGUUGUUGGUGGGGGUCGUGCUUGUACGUGCCAUCGAAGUGUGAGAGUUGUUGGUGGGGGUCGUGCUUGUACGUGCCAUCGAAGUGUGAGAGUUGUUGGUGGGGGUCGUGCUUGUACGUGUCAUCGAAGUGUGAGAGUUAUGGUGGGGGUCGUGCUUGUACGUGUCAUCGAAGUGUGAGAGUUGUUGGUGGGGGUCGUGCUUGUACAUGCCAUUGAAGUGUGAGAGUUGUUGUUGGGGGUCGUGCUUGUACAUGCCAUUGAAGUGUGAGAGUUGUUGGUGGGGGUCGUGCUUGUACGUGCAAUCGAAGUGUGAGAGUUGUUGGUGGGGGUCGUGCUUGUACGUGCCUUUGAAGACUGAGAGUUGUUGGUGGGGGUCGUGCUUGUACGUGCCAUCGAAGUGUGAGAUAUUCAUAGGGUAAGCCAGCCCAUUGGUUUCCUGUUUCUCAUUGGCAAGUCAUGCUUCUUAAUGCCAUUGUAGUGUGAGACUUAUCCGUUAGAAAGUCUACAGAUGUCAUUGAAGUGUGAAAUUCAUCGGGAAGCCAACCCACAGAUGCCACCUACGCGAGACUCCUUGCCAUUGAAGUGUGAGAUGUGUCUGGGUGCUCAUACAUACUAACUGUGACAUGUCUGGAUGUCAAUGAAGUGCGGCCAGUCUGCGAGCCGUGUUUAUGGAUGUCAUUGAAGUGCGACCCAUCUGGGAGUCGUGUUUAUAGAUGUCAUUGAAGUGCGGCCAGUCUGCGAGUCCUGUUUAUAGAUGUCAUUGAAGUGCGACCCAUCUGGGAGUCGUGUUUAUAGAUGUCAUUGAAGUGCGACCCAUUUGGGAGUCGUGUUUAUAGAUGUCAUUGAAGUGCGACCCAUCUGGGAGUCGUGUUUAUAGAUGUCAUUGAAGUGCGGCCAGUCUGCGAGUCGUGUUUAUAGAUGUCAUUGAAGUGCAACCCAUCUGGGAGUCGUGUUUAUAGAUGUCAUUGAAGUGCGACCCAUCUGGGAGUCGUGUUUAUGGAUGUCAUUGAAGUGCGACACAUCUGGGAGUCGUGUUUAUAGAUGUCAUUGAAGUGCGACCCAUCUGAGAGCCGUGUUUAUAGAUGUCAUUGAAGUGCGACCCAUCUGGGAGUCGUGUUUAUGGAUGUCAUUGAAGUGCGACCCAUCUGGGAGUCGUGUUUAUAGAUGUCAUUGAAGUGCGGCCACUCUGCGAGUCGUGUUUAUAGAUGUCAUUGAAGUGCGACCCAUCUGGGAGUCGUGUUUAUAGAUGUCAUUGAAGUGCGACCCAUCUGGGAGUCGUGUUUAUGGAUGUCAUUGAAGUGCGACACAUCUGGGAGUCGUGUUUAUAGAUGUCAUUGAAGUGCGACCCAUCUGGGAGUCGUGUUUAUAGAUGUCAUUGAAGUGCGGCCAGUCUGCGAGUCGUGUUUAUAGAUGUCAUUGAAGUGCGACCCAUCUGGGAGUCGUGUUUAUGGAUGUCAUUGAAGUGCGACACAUCUGGGAGUCGUGUUUAUAGAUGUCAUUGAAGUGCGACCCAUCUGGGAGUUGUGUUUAUAGAUGUCAUUGAAGUGCGACCCAUCUGGGAGCCGUGUUUAUAGAUGUCAUUGAAGUGCGACCCAUCUGGGAGUCGUGUUUAUAGAUGUCAUUGAAGUGCGACCCAUCUGGGAGUCGUGUUUAUAGAUGUCAUUGAAGUGCGGCCAGUCUGAGAGUCGUGUUUAUAGAUGUCAUUGAAGUGCGACCCAUCUGGGAGUCGUGUUUAUAGAUGUCAUUGAAGUGCGACCCAUCUGGGAGUCGUGUUUAUGGGUGUCAUUGAAGUGCGGCCAGUCUGCGAGUCGUGUUUAUAGAUGUCAUUGAAGUGCGACCCAUCUGGGAGUCGUGUUUAUAGAUGUCAUUGAAGUGCGACCCAUCUGGGAGUCGUGUUUAUAGAUGUCAUUGAAGUGCGACCCAUCUGGGAGUCGUGUUUAUAGAUGUCAUUGAAGUGCGACCCAUCUGGGAGCCGUGUUUAUAGAUGUCAUUGAAGUGCGACCCAUCUGAGAGCCGUGUUUAUAGAUGUCAUUGAAGUGCGACCCAUCUGGGAGUCGUGUUUAUGGAUGUUUUAUGAGCAUAAGAAAAGUUCAUGAUGGCUGAUAUUUUUCAAAAUGGCUUUCAAAAUUGGUUUUGGCAGUUUGGUUUGGUCUCCCAACAUGGCCUUUAAUAAGGUCACCUCUGGCAUUAGUCUCUGGCUCAAGGAGAUUUGGUUGGUCUGGACAGUAUGUUUGGGAGAAGACCACAUGUACAUAUAUGUAUAAUGUCAGUAGAUACAUUUCUGGCAAUAAUCACAAGAUAAUUUGAUGUUCUUCCAUGGCAGCUAAAUCCAAACAUGUACGCAGCGCUGUAUCAUUUACAAGUAUGUGUUUCUCUUGGAAGGAAGUGGAAGUGUACAUGACUGCAAUCAUGAAUGUUUACAGGACCACAGGGGUGGAUGGGGUAGCCUAGUGGUUAAAGCAUUCACUCAUCACUCUGAAGACCUGGGUUCGAUUCCCCACAUGGGUACAAUGUGUGAAGCCCAUUUCUGGUGUCCCCUGAAUUGAUGUUGCUGGAAUAUUGCUAAAACGGCGUAAUACCAUACCCACUACAGAACAGUACCCAACUACAAGACAACUUCUGACAUUAGCAUCCCACCGACUGUUCCAGUGGGUAACCAUGUAUCUAGUUUUAGUCCUCAUCACUUCCUAGCAGUCUGUUAUCAUGUCCAUCCAUCAGUGUCUAAUGUACAUAAUGUAUCUAUGCAAUAGUUAUAUGUAAUAUAGCAGAAUGAUUCA